GGCUUUCUUCUCUUCUAGCCUUUAGCCAUGACUGCCAAGGUUCCUCAGUGGCAGAGCUAUCUUCAAGUGAUUCUGUCUCGUGAGGACCAGAGAAUGGAGUAUUUCCAGAAGGCAGAGAAUAUUCUGCUCAUUGUGCUGGAAAGAGUCAGUUCCAUGGACCCUAGGUUCAUGGUUGAUUAUUCAAGAAAUCUGGAAGCCUUGGAAUUUGCACUCCGUGCCACGGAAGAUGAAGUAACUAUGGAGGUUCCUUUGUGCAUUGAUGCUGAUGCUCUUCUUGUACAGGAGUGUUCAGGUGAACAGAGUGACUCUGAAAAAGUUACGUAUGGAAACUACCAGAUGCCAGGCUCUUGCUAUUUGGCAGUUCCGAAGGAAGGAGAUCAGCUGGAAAAGUGGACCAAAGAAGAUGUAUUCAGUACAGUAGGCAGCACUGAAUCCAGUGGCCACAUUGUACCAGGCAAGAUCCUCCGACUUCUGAAAGACCUGCUUGUGGCUGCCAUUGUUCACUGCAAGCGUCAGUUCCUCAUCAAGCCAGGUGAACUCAGCGCAGAGAGGCUAAAGGAAGAUGAUAUGCAACUUCCAUUGCUGAUAUCCAGUGGCUGGAAAAUGAUCUGCUUCAACAUUGUCCCUGUAGUGAGAAAAAAACAGAACGCUCUGAAGUUCAACAACAAUUUGCAAGACAGAGGUUUUCCAGAGGGCAUCAUGUGGAAAGUCACUCAGGAGGCUGACUACAUCCCUGCCAGUUACUAUCACUGGAGAUAUUCUACCAAUCGUCCCUCCCUGAAACUGCUUCAGAUUGUGAGCACCCUAAAGGGUUACUAUCUGGACAGUCUACGUCUCCUUGACCAAGUCAAUCAUGAAUACUGGAGAGAUGAAGACAAGAAAAACUGUCUUACUUUUCACCACUUAAAGAUGGUGUUGCUCUGGGCCACUCGCUUUUUCUCUUCCCCCGAAGACUGGAUGAACCUGGAAGGGUCAGUGUAUCGUCUUUUGGUGAUUUUGCUUUGCUGUUUAGUGACCAACAAUCUCCCACAUUUCCUGUAUCCUGAACAAAAUCUGUUCCAAGUAGAAGGUGCUGACCUGAGUUCAUUGUACCCUAAAGUGGAGACCUUUGCUAACAACCCUAAGCGUUUCCUGAAGUUCCAUUUUGCUGGAACAGAACACAAAGCACACCACCAGAUAGACAAUGAUCUCAAAGCCUUACUUCACCUCCCAGCUGAAGAUAAAGCCUACUGGGACACUGCUUUUUUUGAUAUGCUGCUUAAUAAGUUUCAGAUGUAUGAGAUUACGGACACACAGCGAGUUUCCGCUAUGUCAAACACCCUGUCAAAAACCAAGAAAAAGGUGACUAAUCAGAGAUGAAAACAUGGAGAUGAAAAUCCCUGGAAUCCCUGACUGGAUUUGCUUAUUCAGCUUAUUUUCUGUGAUAAAAAUCUGUCUACUUAAUAGAACAAGUGAAUGCACACAGUAUGAGCAAGUUUUUUGCACAAUGUAAUAUACAAUCUGAAAGUAUUUUGAAUCUCAGAGAAGCAAGAGCUGUGAAAUACAUGGAGAAAGGUGUAAGCUACUUCCACAUCCAGCAAGGCAGAUUUCCUUUACUGCCUUCCAUCUUUACAGACCUGGUGAUAACAAGGACAGCAGAUGUACUUGCCCUCACACAAGUGAGGCCUUUUUGUGUUAAAGCUCAAGAUGCUCUAUCUGAAGGAAAAACAAACAGGCUACUGUUUCUGUAGGCUGGUGACUUAAGGGGGGGGGGGUUCUACUGCUCCAGAAAGAGUUUCUAAUCCAGCUCCUUCCUUUAUCCCAAAGUUCUAAAGAGCGUAUUCAGAGUAUAUCUGAUUCCAUAUCCCUGCAAUACAGAGUACAUCUGUUUAGAGGACCGUAUUUGUGGGCUCUAUCUGUGCAUGUUUAUGUAUGCUUUAAUAGCAGAUGUGGGGACUCUGACAGUUCCAGCCUUAGUGGAAUUGCAUCCAACUACAACCUAUGUUCCUGAUGCUUUUAUGUGGAUCUGGUUACUUGUAACAUUCAUUAUACCUCUGCUAAUUCUUAUUUGUGGGAAAGUGUACAAUAUUAAAGCAGUCCU